UAAGACAAAAACGUAAACAAAGCAAAAGUGACGGAAAAAUGGAUUACAUUUGGUGACUAUCGGUGACCUAGCCAAGCGCUCCCACCCAACCAUGGGUGUCCUCGAUGUGCUGCAGGGCACCACCCAUUCUCAGUCGGCAGGAGCCCCCUCCUCGCGACUACGGGGGUUCCAUCUCCCCCACUGGGAAAGAUUACUCACACAUUGUGUGUAUUACAAAGGUUUUAAUAAAUAUCCCUUUAAGACCGAAACCUGGCCGCCGUCUUCAACAUUUACGCGGUCAAAGCAGAGGAUUGGUUUUGCUGGAAAGGGUACAGGCGCCGCGGAAACUAUGCUCUACCAGUCAUGUAUUGGUAGAGCUCGCAUGGAAACGCGGCCCUCAAAGGAACAUACGCGAUGCGUAUGUGUAUGGUCACCUAAUCCUGAGGAGCUCCAAGGGAAAAGAAGGGACAGGCCAAAAAGGCAAACAACGAGGACAAAUAAGGCUCUCGGGACUAACUCCGGAUAAAUUCACAAAUAGGGAACCACUAUUGGGCCGGGCCUGGAGGCAAUGAUAGCCCGGGCGGAAGACUUCUUGCCGGAGGCCAGCAGCGAUCCGGAUCUCCACACAGGAAAAAGGCGCUCUCCGGUGAGUUGUGCAAUGGCAGUCCGAGAUUCGGCUGCCAGACAAAAUGGCGAUAUUUCUCAGCGCCGUGAUGCGACCGCUGGAAGUUCCCGUGAUGAGGAGGACGCGGCACACUAAAACGGACUCACCGGGAAAUUCUUGAUGUUGUCGGCGUCGACUGUGAAAGGCUUCUCUUGCUGGUCGUUGAUACGGGUCGAACGGACACCGUUUGCUGGGCAGCCAAGUCGGACUGGCAGGUAUGGCGAAGUCGCGCAGAUGUCAGCAGAACUCCAAAUAAAUAUUCCGGGGCCCUUUGUAUUGGGACCCCGGCUGCCUUUAUAAAUUAUAAAUAUUAAACACUGAACUACUAUCUAACAUUAA